AUGAAGUGCAUAGGUGAUAGAUCUCAAAAGUUAUUUUUUAGGGUGAUACACCUUCCAUGUGUCAACUCCAGCGCCACGGUGCCCUCGAGGAAGUUCUUCGUGGGGGGGGAGCGUGUGGAGGGGGACAGGAAGAUGUAUGGGCGGAAGAAGAACCUGGAGGAACUCAUCACCACUCCGAAUACGACCAUGGUGCUGGCUGACAUGACAUCGAAGUGGUUGGUUUGUGCACCCCCCCCCCCCCGCAACUGCCUAAUCGACUUUGUCCCACAGAAGCUAGAUCCCAAGAUUGCUGUGGCUGUGCAGAACUGCUACAAAGUGCCUAACGCAGCCUUUACUGGGGAGAUCAGCCCUGCCAUGAUCAAAGACUGUGGAGCCACGUGGGUAGUCCCGGGGCACUGGGAAAGAAGGUGUGUCUUUGGGAACUCAGAUGAGCUGAUUGGACAGAAAGUGGCCCCUGCCCUGGCAGAGGGACUUGGAGUAAACCCCUGCAUGGGGGAGAAACUAGAUGAGAGGGAAGCUGGCAUCACUGAGAAGGUCGUUUUUGAGCAAACCAAGAUCAUCACAGAUAAUGUGAAGGUGACUGGAGCCUAUGAGCCUGUAUAUGUCAUUGGUAUUGGCAAGACUGCAAUGCCCCAACAAGCUCAGGAAGUACAAGAAAAGCUCCAGGGAUGGCUGACGUCUAAUGUCUGUGACGCAGUGGCUCAGAGUACCCGUAGCAUCUAUGGAGGUUCUGUGACUGGGGCAACCUGCAAGGAGCUAGCAAGCCAGCCUGAUGUGGAUGGCUUCCUCGUGGGUGGGGCUUUCCUCAAGCCCAAGUCUGUGGAUAUCAUCAAUGCCAAACAAUAAGCCCAUCCAUCUCCCCUCCUUUUCCUGAUAAGCCAGGGAAUAGGUAGCUCAGAAGCCCAGUGACUGUGCUCCUACCUCCCACACAUCUCCACCCCGCACAUGCUUCUGAUGGUGUCACCUGCCCCCUUCGUGGCCAAACUAUACCCCU